CACCGUAACUUCCAUGAUCUUAGUUUUGGAAAAAAAAACUUUUAUGAUGAGGUUGACUUGACUACAGGGAAGAAUCACCAGGAAGCAAUCGUCAAUUGUGUUUCAAUUGAAAGUUAUUUCUUGAGUAUUUUGAUUUUAUGUACAAUCUUUCUUGACACCAACAUCUUCGCAGGAAAAAUGUUUAUUAGAAUGAGCGUGAUUGAGAUGACACUUAUAUUGCUGCUUUUCGUGACUUUGUCAGCUGUUGCCGAACAGUUGGACGCAUGGGGAGAAGGCGGUCGUGACAUUAGCAGCCAAAACAGUAGGAGCACAUGGCAAGAAGCAAAAGAUUAUGCUUCUGGUGUAAUAAAUGGGGCGAAGGAAAUGCACAGGGCUUACAAUGACAUGAAAGAAGCAAACUGGAAAAAUUCUGAUAAGUACUUUCACGCAAGGGGAAAUGCAGAUGCUGCUAAACAUGGAACUGGCGGACGACAUGCGGCAAAGGUCAUCAGUGACCUCCGUGAAGUUUAUGGAUUAAUCAAGGGUGAUAGUGCCGCGGACAUAGCAGCUGAUCAAAAUGCCAAUAAGCAUGGCCGUAACGGUGGAGAUCCGAAUAAGUAUCGUCCGGAAGGACUGCCCAAAAAGUUUGUUUUAUCUAAAACAUGAAAUCUAAAACAUGAAAGAGCAUUUCAUUUUACAACCUCUAUUUGCAUCAUUCUCAUAAGUAGCCAAUUGCAUGGAAAGCUUUCAACAUAUCAACUUCCUCGUUAAAGACCACCAAUAUGAUGAGGUCGACUUGACUACAAGGAAGAAGCAUCACGGUCAAAUUUAAAGUAACACUCAUCAAGUGUGCUUUGAUUUUAAAAUUAUUUCAUGAGGAAUCUUCAUUACUAAUGAUUUAUGAAUAAUUUGAAAUUAACAUUAAUUUUAGUUGACGUAGACGAAAUAAAAUAAAAAAUAAAAAAAAACAAUUUACAAACCCAUGCUAGGCUAUAAAAUCGUGCACUGCAGCAAGGUUUUAGCCGUGGUUUCAAGUUUAGUAAGGAGAUGAAAUGUUACAAUAAGCUAAAAUAAAUAUUUUUAUCAGAUGUGCAUGUAGUACCAGUCUGUUAUAAAAUGGCUUCAACAACUUACACUUUUAAAUAAAGUCAGUACUGGACCCUGUUACUGAGUUUUCAAAAUUUAAAACAGGAGCAUACAGUUUGGAGCAGACCUGGAGAUGUUAAAUUGUUCUCAGACUUUUGAACGUCUCACUUUCUAUAUCUAACAGACUUCAGAAAAUAUCUCAAAAUCAACAAAAUCAAAAUUUGGAGGAUAUAUCUACCAAAGUUCAAUAGGUAAGCGAAACAAUGUGCAUUGGAAACAUCUAUUUUAAUGUUUACUGACAUAGUGUUAUCUGUUUCAUAGCAUUGUUAAGUAC